CUCUCCAGACUCCACAGCCAGUAGUUUGCGGCAUCCGGAGGAGCAGCAGCAUCAGCAGCAGUGGCGGUUGGUGCAGUGGGGAGACCGAAGAGCUAGCGCAGACGGCAGCACAGCUCUCGCUCACCAUGCCUGGCUUGCCUGAGGGGCUCUAGCAAUCGCGUCCCUAACCCAGCGCAGACCUUUGGUUCGUUGUCUCCGCAGCAUUCCAGCUAAACCGCUUCGUCCGAGAUUCGAAACCUCCCACCCAAAACCCAUCUCUUCCUACUCGCUCAUACUCCACACUCACACUGCUCACACCGCACUUUCACUCUUCCUCUCUCAGACGUUCGCGCACAGCGCGACACGGAGAGCAGCACAGACCUUCCCAGCGCUCAAACGCCAGGCAAGGGAGGGAGCCCGAGCCAGCGCGGCCAGCACCUCUCCGGAAGGAUGGAAUCAAGACGCUCCCGCAAGUAAACUUUGACGGCGACAGAACCGUCGACUGUGGCAGCUGCUGAGGCGGACCCCAACGACCAGCGACUGAGCUAGGAGAGCUUCCUACGGUGGCGGCGGCAGCGGUGGCGGCCCUUGGAGCUACACCCCAGUUCAAAAGAGGGAGGUGGAGAAGCCCUGGGUAAUCGCAGCUGUAGCCCCGCCUCUCCUGGCCGGUACUGUUGUCCCUACCCUUUCUCUUCUCCCCAUCCCCUUUUCCCUUGCCCAGCUGGGCCGUUGAAAAGAUUCGGACUUUUGAUUUUUCCUGAACAAAUUGCCAUUUCCCGGUUUUCAGAAACUUAACGUGGCUCUGGGCUGUGCUGAUAACUUUAAUUUUGGAGACGAAAACGCCCACAACCCACCACGCGCUGUGUGUGUGUGUGUGUGUGUGUGUGUGUGUGUGUGUGUGUGUGUGUGUGGUGUGCGUGGGAGAAUUCGUGAGCACCUCGGACCCUGGACAGACUCGCCCCACAGCCCUCCGACGCCAACCUCAGGACGAGGAAGCGAGAUCUUGCGGCGGUAGCCUCUCUCCCCUCCCCCUUCUUCUGCCGGCCCCGGGACUGCCAACCAGCUCAGGCAGAUCCCAGAGCUCCCAAGGCGCUUGCCAGCAACUUAGACUCCUGCCUGCUAUAACCUCUUUCCUCAAUAGGCCUAGAACAAGCCAGUGUGGCCCUCUCGGAUCCCGCAGAGUGCGGUCCAGGCGGGUCAUCUCUCCGCAGUGAGCCGGGAGUGCUUUGGGGGGAGGUCCUUGCGCAUGCCAGGUGCACAGACAACGCACUCGCCAGUCCCGUUGCGGGCGCUCUGCAGUGGGUCGACCAGUGCCUGAAAGGCUUCGCCCCUACUGUCCUCCGUGUCUUCUCUCUUAGUGCUGUCCUGACUCAGCCGCUUGUCGUCUCCGCAGCGCAGACGCCGCCUGAUCUGCAGCCCUGCGCUGCUGCGGGCAGUCGCGCCUGGCUAACUUUGAAGGGGGAAAACUGAGUAGCCGGGCUGGAGGGAAGGGGCUCGGGGCCGCGCGGCGCUCCCUCGGCCCCUUGGAGUCCCCGAGCCCCCAGCGAGCCCCCUACAAGCCCACCAAAAUCUCAGCCUUGGAGCCGGCGCGGGUAUAUCACCCGCGCCGCCGGGCCGCCCUGGGCGGGACUCUUCCCUCGGCCUCCGGGGCUAAGGGGCGCGCGCAACAGGCGGCCCGAGACGGCAGGAAGCUGGAGCGCCGGCGGCGUCGGUCUCGGAGGGGUGUGGAGAGGCGAGGCCAGGCAGAGCCUCGCGCAGCCAUGGAGUCUCUCCUGCUGCCUGUGCUGCUGCUGUUGGCGGUACUGUGGACGCAAGCUGCCGCCCUCAUUAACCUAAAGUAUUCAGUAGAAGAGGAACAGCGCGCCGGGACAGUCAUAGCUAAUGUAGCAAAGGACGCGCGGGAGGCGGGCUUCGCGCUGGACCCCCGGCAGGCCUCUGCCUUCAGAGUGGUGUCCAAUUCGGCUCCACAUCUGGUGGACAUCAAUCCCAGCUCCGGGCUGCUGGUCACCAAGCAGAAGAUCGACAGAGACUUGCUGUGCCGCCAGAGUCCAAAGUGCAUCAUCUCUCUGGAGGUCAUGUCCAGUUCAAUGGAGAUCUGUGUGAUUAAGGUAGAGAUCAAGGAUCUGAAUGACAAUGCACCUAGUUUUCCGGCAGCACAGAUUGAGCUAGAGAUCUCAGAAGCGGCCAGCCCUGGCACUCGUAUCCCACUGGACAGCGCUUAUGAUCCGGACUCUGGAAGCUUUGGAGUGCAGACAUAUGAGCUCACGCCCAACGAGCUGUUUGGUCUAGAGAUCAAGACACGGGGCGACGGGUCUCGCUUUGCUGAACUAGUGGUGGAGAAAAGCCUGGACCGCGAGACACAGUCACAUUAUAGUUUUCGUAUCACUGCUCUUGAUGGCGGUGACCCACCGCAUCUGGGCACCGUUGGCCUCAGCAUUAAGGUGACUGACUCCAAUGACAACAACCCUGUGUUUGGUGAGUCCACGUAUGUGGUGAGUGUGCCUGAGAACUCGCCUCCCAAUACACCAGUCAUCCGCCUCAAUGCUAGUGACCCAGACGAGGGCACUAAUGGCCAGGUUGUUUAUUCUUUCUAUGGCUAUGUCAACGACAGAACGCGUGAACUCUUUCAGAUUGACCCACACAGUGGCCUGGUUACUGUCACUGGUGCCUUAGACUAUGAAGAGGGUCGAGUGUAUGAACUGGACGUACAGGCCAAGGACCUGGGGCCCAACUCUAUACCAGCACACUGCAAGGUCACGGUCAACGUGCUAGACACCAAUGACAACCCACCGAUUAUCAACCUGCUGUCUGUCAAUAGUGAGCUUGUGGAGGUGAGUGAGAGCGCCCCCGCGGGCUACGUUAUUGCUUUGGUUCGUGUGUCUGAUCGCGACUCAGGUCUCAAUGGACGUGUGCAGUGCCGUUUGCUGGGCAAUGUACCCUUUAGGCUGCAAGAGUAUGAAAGUUUUUCUACUAUCCUGGUGGAUGGACGGCUGGAUAGAGAACAGCAUGACCAGUACAACCUUACCAUUCAGGCACGCGAUGGUGGGGUGCCCAUGCUGCAAAGUGCCAAGUCCUUUACUGUGCGCAUCACUGAUGAGAAUGACAACCACCCUCACUUUUCUAAGCCCUACUACCAGGUCAUUGUGCAGGAGAACAAUACUCCUGGCGCGUACUUGCUCUCUGUAUCAGCCCGUGACCCGGACCUUGGUCUCAAUGGCAGUGUCUCCUACCAGAUAGUGCCAUCUCAGGUUCGGGACAUGCCUGUUUUUACAUAUGUCUCCAUCAAUCCCAACGCUGGCGAUAUCUAUGCACUUCGGUCUUUCAACCACGAACAGACAAAGGCAUUUGAAUUCAAGGUGCUGGCCAAGGAUGGCGGCCUUCCUUCCCUGCAAAGUAAUGCCACAGUGCGGGUUAUUAUCCUGGACGUCAAUGACAAUACGCCGGUCAUCACCGCCCCACCUCUGAUAAAUGGCACUGCCGAGGUCUACAUCCCCCGAAACUCAGGCAUAGGCUACCUGGUGACGGUUGUCAAGGCAGACGACUAUGAUGAGGGAGAGAAUGGCAGAGUAACCUAUGACUUAACUGAGGGGGACCGUGGCUUUUUUGAAAUAGACCAGGUCAAUGGGGAAAUCAGAACCACACGAACCUUUGGAGAAAGUUCCAAGGCUUCCUAUGAGCUUAUUGUGGUGGCCCACGACCAUGGCAAAAUGUCUCUUUCUGCCUCAGCACUGAUCCUAAUCUACCUGUCCCCAGCUCUUGAUGCCCAAGAAUCAAUGGGCUCAGUGAACCUAUCUCUGAUUUUCAUUAUCGCCCUGGGCUCCAUUGCCGGCAUACUCUUUAUUACUAUGAUCUUCGUGGCAAUCAAAUGCAAGCGAGACAACAAAGAGAUUCGAACCUACAACUGCAGAAUCGCUGAGUACUCCUAUGGGCAUCAAAAGAAAUCAAGUAAGAAGAAAAAAAUCAGUAAGAAUGACAUCCGCCUGGUGCCCCGAGAUGUAGAAGAGACAGACAAAAUGAAUGUUGUCAGUUGCUCCUCCCUGACCUCUUCCCUCAACUACUUCGACUAUCACCAGCAGACUCUGCCUCUGGGCUGCCGCCGCUCUGAGAGCACUUUCCUGAAUGUGGAGAACCAGAAUACCCGAAAUACCAGUGCAAACCACAUCUACCAUCACUCUUUCAACAGCCAGGGCCCCCAGCAGCCAGAUCUAAUCAUCAAUGGUGUGCCUCUGCCUGAGACUGAAAAUUAUUCUUUCGACACCAACUACGUAAACAGCCGAGCUCAUUUAAUCAAAAGCAGCUCUACCUUCAAAGAUCUAGAAGGAAACAGCCUGAAAGAUAGCGGACAUGAGGAGAGUGACCAGACUGACAGUGAACAUGACGUUCAGAGGAGCCUGUAUUGUGAUACUGCUGUCAACGAUGUGCUAAAUACCAGUGUAACCUCCAUGGGAUCUCAGAUGCCUGAUCAUGAUCAGAAUGAAGGAUUUCAUUGCAGGGAAGAAUGCCGGAUUCUUGGUCACUCUGACAGGUGCUGGAUGCCCCGGAACCCCAUGCCCACCCGCUCCAAGUCCCCUGAGCAUGUGAGGAACAUCAUUGCGCUGUCCAUUGAAGCUACUGCUGCUGAUGUUGAAGCUUAUGAUGACUGUGGCCCCACCAAACGUACUUUUGCAACCUUUGGGAAAGAUGUCAAUGAUCAGCCGGCUGAGGAGAGGCCCACCUUAAAAAGCAAGAGGACUGUUGAUGUGACCAUCUGCAGUCCCAAGGUCAACAGUGCUAUCCGGGAGGCAGGCAAUGGUUGUGAGGCUAUUAGCCCAGUCACCUCUCCUCUCCAUCUCAAGAGUCCUCUGCCCACCAAGCCUUCUGUGUCUUACAUGGUUGCUCUAGCUCCUCCAACCCGUGAUAUGGAGCAGUACAUCAGUAAUGUCAACAAUGGCCCUUCUCGUCCUUCUGAAGCUGAGCCCCGUGGAGCUGACAGGGAAAAAGUUAUUCAUGAGGUCAGCACUAUUCUGAAGGAGGGUCGUGACAAAGAGUCCCCCAGUGUGAAGCGUCUGAAGGAUAUUGUUCUUUAAAUCGAUCUUGGGAAAGAAGAGAAAGAAACCAUGCUGGCUAGCAAAAAUGCAGAAGCUGCUCAUUUUAAUUACUUACCAACGUUGGUUCUUGAGUGGCUGUAUUUCAGAGCUUUCCCUAAGUGUGUUGUUUAUAAAUGACUAUUAUCCUGCAACAGUCCCUCUCGUUUCAACAGGCAGCAGGGGUGUUCAGUUGGAGCAAAUUAGCUUUGAUUUGAGUUGUUCAUGGGGCCUUGAUGUUGGGGAAACAGAGAUAAAUUCAGUUGUGAAAAGUAUUAUGUAUUAAGUGUUUGAAUUUAUAUAUUUUUCUAUGUCAAAUUUAUAAAUUAUCAUUGUUUGUGGAUGAUUACAUUUAAAAAGGCAAAAAUCAAACAAAAAAAGCUCUGGACACAUUUAAUAAGCUCGCUACUGUUUUUGUAGUGUAGACAAGUUAAUGGUCAUAUAUUGUGUACUAUUCAUUGAUUCAGUGAUGUAAAAUCGAGCCCCCAACAGGUUGUUUCUGACGCUCAAGUAGUUUCCAUUGCCGCUAUUUUGCUGUGGACACCCCUGCUUUAAGAACCCUUUUGCUAGCUGUGCUAUUGUUGUUUUUGAUAUUGCAAAUUGCUAUGUGUGUGGUGAUGGCAAAAGGCUUUUAAGGAUUGGUGUUUUUCUUUUCUUUAAAAACAAAGUACAGACAAACACAAAGUGCAAAAAACUGAGACAGCAAUUGAGUAAGCAACACCACACCUAGUUGAGUACUUAGAUGAUAUUCAGGUUUAUCAAACCAUGUAGUGAUUGCUUAUCAUCUUGGAAAGUAUUUUUCCUGCCUUUCAGUCUUCUGCCUGGUUCUGUGAUAGAUAGUUUCAGAAAGUCAUUUUUGGAUAUGCUGCUAUCUAAUUGGCAGUUGUCAGAAAUACUGUGCUGAAAGUUUUAUGAGAUCCAUUUUUCUUUAUCUCAAUCCCUGAAUAGGAAAGUUGUUCUUGAAGUUAUCAGGUUUCAAGCUUAGAAAUUCCCUUUCUCCAAACAUCUAAAACCUAAAAUGACUGAUUCUAUUUUGAGAUCUAAAUUAGCGUCUUUUUGUCACAUAUUUCCUGAUUCAGUGUUUCUCAAUUAUGAUUGGAAUUAGACUGUAAAAUACUUCAUGGACUGGAAUUGAGAACUCCAAAUUGCUCUGUAUCUUAGGCUUAAAAAUAAGGAUAGAGUAAGUAGUACCCACUGUAUAUUUAACAAAAGACAGAUAAGAGGUAAUAGCAUCACUAAUCCACUUACUGUGCCUUCUAAAUGGAGACACUCAGACACUUGAAUUUGUCUUUUUAUGACUAAUAUUUUUGAUUAAAAUGUGAACGAGAAACUAUUAAAACAAAAAUCCUUUAGAUUUAGGUAAUUCUUAUAAAAUGUGUGUGUACCUUUUUUAAAUUAAUAAAUUGAACAUUCUUUUUGUUGUUGUUUUAACACUUUUCUAACUCCUAAUUUAUCAUUUUUUCUGUUAAUAUUCACUGGCCAACAUAGUAUUCUUGCAGCUUAAGGGUUGAUUAUUUAAUAAUAAAAAAAUAUGUCAUAUGUGCUCUACCUUUGCCUUAAAUGAGUUUCUAGAGAAACAUGUUUUGAGCUUUUCUUCAUAAUCAUUUCAUGUUUUGAAAUUCAAGGUUGCCAGAAAGAAGGUCUGGAGGUUAGAGCACUAAACUACAGAAGAAUUUGUUUUCUUAAGUUUAUGUAGAUAAUGUCAGCUGUUGUCAAUGUUUUAGUUAUUUUUGCUUGAGUUCCUAGCUUUAUCUAUAUACUAGGAAUAUUUUCUUUUAUGGAAGGGGAAAGGGCAUUGAGGGAGGGAGGGUGGUAAGACAGUUGGGUGGGGUUAGUAAGAAAGAACAUUUCUGAAAAAAAGAACCUGUGAUGAAGCUACAAAUCCACUUUUACUUCUUAUUCAGUGCUGAAUACUACCUCAUACAAAAUAUUGGUAUGGCUGCAAAUUUCCCUCUGAAACUGACACAAUUAGAAAUGCACUUCCAUAACAGCUUUAUUUUGCAUCAUUUUAUUCUCAUACUUUUUUCUACACUUCUGAUUUAUUUCAUUUUGGUAGUAGAUUCUACGAUAGGUAUGUAUUUCCCUUUACAAAUGACUAUUUGGUUAACCCAAUAAUGACAAACAACAAAAAAUCUCCUUUAAGUUAUGAUAGCUGCCAAUAGAAUUUAGAUUGUUUACCCAUUAUCCAUCCUGUUAUUAUGUCAUUAGUACCAUCCCAAGGUCACUUUGAAGUUACAUUAGACAGUUUUCUACAGGCAUAUUUCAUUCUAUGCUCAGUAGGAAUGAGGGAGCUGGAAAGAUUGUGGAAAGUAGAUACAUUAAAUGCUAUGUGGCUGUUGAGCCAGAAGAGCCACUGGCUGCCAUGUCUCUUACCAGCCAAGUUUAAAAUAAAGUAGCAACGGCAUUAAUUUUGCUUUUUGACUGCGUUUUCUUCAGUUUUCCCCCCAAAUUGAGUUGCAGGUUGUAGAUUCAUCUUUUUUUCCCUUCGCCAAAUACUUUGCUCUCAUUGAGCAGUCAAAGAUUUUUGAUUGUUUGUUUGUUUUUGCUUCCAAAACUUUACUGAUCAUGUUCAGUGAUUUUCUCCCAUUAAAAACAUCUUAUUUUCCUCUACAAUUGUCUGAUAUAUGCAUCCUUCCAGAAGCACAAGUGAAUUCUAGAAAGGCUUUACAAGCUGAUCUUAAAAACAGGCAGUACUUGCAAAUCAGAACUUUCUGCAAGGAUCCUAAAUCUUCUUUUGGCUCAUGUUUUUACUUUUCUUUUAAGCAUGCCUAGUGAAAAGCCACAAGGGCCAAAGGGCCAAACAUUAUUUAUUUUCCUCCUUCUAACAUGUAACACAUUUAAACAACAGGGAACAAGUUUAAUUUCUAAAUCCUUUUAUUCUAAUGUUUCAUAGUUUUGAAGCAUGACAUACUUUGCUAUCAAUUGUUUUCAGCAAUUCUGUGGGGCAGAUAAACUUUUCCAUGCAAUAUUAGGAGUUUAGUUUGCAUUGGUGGAUUGCUUUCCCCACUGUGGAAAUAUAUGAUACAACAAAAAAAAGAAUCAAAUUAUCUUUUGCAUAUAAUAGUUUAUGAACUGGUUCACAAUGACAACAUCCUCUGACCUCUUAAAUCUGUUAGACUAAAUUGUGGUCCAUCUUAUUACUGACAUAGGUAAUGAGCUAAGGGAUCCUGCAGAUCCUGCAGAGCAGUGGUUCUCAAAAUGCAGUCCCUGGAGCACAAACAAGAAAAUCACUUGGGAACUUCUUAGAAAUACUAAUUCUCUGCAUCAAAACCUGCGGAUGGAGUCCACCAAUCCAGUAAAAUCAGAUAUCAGCAAAAUUUUGGGGCUUAUUAAAACUCAAUUUGGUAGACUCUUUCCUUAGAGUUUCUGAUUCAAAUGGUCUGGCCUGAUUCUGUGCAUAUCUAAAGUUUCCCAAGUGAUUCUGAUAGGACCACACUUUGAGUAUCACUACUCCAGAAUUAACCUGCCUAAUAGAACUAGUGGUACCCAAGUUGUCCAUUUAAACAAAUUCUCUCACAUGGUGACUCACUGAUCAUUAAUGAAAAAUAUUAUAUAAAACACAACCCUCUGAAAUCUGGAACCACCCAGACUAUAUCUUCCCAAUAAGUUUCACUUCAGCAUGUGAUUAACUGAUUGAGGGGAAUUUGGUUGACCUUUUUCUGUGCCCUUUCAUAUGAAAAUCAAACAAAAAAUGUUGUUUACUUGAAGCAGCAAAGACAAAGGACAGUUUGGGGAAAGGCAGGGAUAAAAAGGAUAGCUCAUUUGAGUAUCCAAAGUAAAAACAACAACAAAAAUGAUUAUUAUUGUAUAUAGUAGUUCUGGCUAACAUUCCACUUCAUGGGGAUCAUUUUGGUGUUGAAUGCUCCCCACGGCAUCCUAACAAGUCUGGUCCACUUGGCUCUUUACCCAGGGUAAUAAGACUCUUAUGGACUUUGAAAAUCUGGCAUAAAUGAGCUCUUAAGUCCAUUGUAUACAGUUCUAGUGUUUGCCUUCUUGGUAAAAUUACAUUUAAGAAUGUCAUUUCAUGAGUCAAAUUGUAUCUGCUGACACUGAAGUGUAUUGAGAUAUUGUUCUUUAGUUUAAGUAUGUAACAAAGUAAUAUUCAAAGGGGAUGUGUGGGGGUGGGGCUGGGACCGGGUGGCUUUAUAUUGAUAAUGAAAUAUUCCAGAGCAAAACACAUUGUCCUAAUGAAGUUGUUGCAGCUCUCUUUGUUUUCUCGUGAGGCUGGAAUUGGCCUGUGGGUCACUUGUUGUGCAAAAGUGAAUUAAUUUCAAAUAACAAUCAUGUUGCUUUCAUAAAACAAAGAAAAUAAACCACCUUGUCUGAGAUAUACAUUGCAAGAGGCUCUUGGUAAAGAACAACCCACAAACACCCGAUCUUGAUUGGAAAGCAUUCUAGGUCAUUAGGGAAAACAGAUGAUGCUGACUGUUGCUUCAGCUGUGUUGGCAAUUAAAGAUGACCUUGUUACUAACUGCAAGUUGCUAUGACCUUUAGUAAACAAACCAGCCAACAACAUUACAGCACUGGUUAGGUAGACUUUCACUUGCACUGGCUGGCGUUCAGCUGAGGAAGGCUAGGAUACUGACUUUAAUGACCAAGAGCCAGACUAGCUUAAGCUAGAAAUUCAGCAACAAAUACCUCUUGUGCCGUCUGAAUGCUAAGGUAUUAGUUGCAAAAGGCUUACUAUACCUUCACUUUUCUAGUGAGGGGAAUGAGUCUGAUGAUACUAUUAUUGUUUACCUGUCAAACCAGGGUGGAAAUUUAGAUGGAUACAAGUACAGUAUGUUUCAUUGAACAGUUUCUGUUGCUGAUUAUAUGAAGAUGAAAUUGUUGUAUAUGCUGAUCUGUAUUUUAUGUACAUUUUCACAGUGAUUGAAUCAUUGUAAAAAAAGACAAAAAAGAAUCACAGCUCUAUUUUAUGAAGAUGAUAAAGCAGCUUUAUUAAAUUAUUACAGUUAUGUUUUAAAUGGUAUUAUCUGCCACAUUGUUACUUUUUAUCUGGUGGUUCUCUGUUUCCCCCUUAAAUGUGUUUUCUCUGCUUCAAAAUUUAAUGCAUUUUAAUAUUAAAUGAUAUUAUGGAAAAAUUA